GUCGCCCCAAUCCCUGAACAGCAUGCGGCCGCCCCGCUCUCGGAACCCCAGGGGACAGGGGCGCCCUCAAGCCCGGUCCCCAGCGCUGCUGGCCUGUCGCGUGGUCCGGGACGCCGGCUCCGCCGCAGAGAAGGCAGCGGGGUGUCCUUCAAACACUGUUGUCCCUGGAUAAAACCCGAGUGUCUUGGACAGCCAUGAGCACAGUCAGAACUCCAAGGGCCGACACUUGCCCCAAGCCCCAGCUGCAAUCUCCCAGGCCUAGGCGCCCAUGACACCUACGCUGAUCGCCGCCAGGACACUGCACAGCCACUGUGAGCUAGUGCCCUUGCUGCCACCGGGUCCAAUGCCGGUGAUGCCCAUCCCGAGGCGGGUGCGCUCCUUCCAUGGCCCGCACACUACCUGCCUGCACGCCGCCUGCGGGCCUGUGCGUGCCUCCCACCUGGUACGCACCAAGUACAACAACUUUGAUGUGUACGUGAAGACGCGCUGGCUGUACGGCUUCAUCCGCUUCCUGCUGUACUUCAGCUGCAGUCUGUUCACCGCGGCGCUCUGGGGUGCGCUGGCUGCGCUCUUCUGCCUGCAGUACCUGGGCGUGCGUGUGCUGCUGCGCUUCCAGCUGAAGCUGUCCGUGCUGCUGCUGCUGCUGGGCCGCCGGCGUGUGGACUUCCGCCUGAUGAAUGAGCUGCUCAUCUAUGGCAUCCAUGUGACCAUGCUACUGGUUGGGGGCCUGGGCUGGUGCUUCAUGGUCUUUGUGGACAUGUGAGGUGCCUUGGCCCGGUGCCGGGCUUAUUCGGCUCUGUCCAGCCGCAGCUCUUCUGUUGGGGUCAGUGUCUGCCCCAUCCAGCAAGCAGGUCUGCAGCACACACUCCCUCCCAGGAGCAAAAAGGGCUGAGACUACACCGCCUGUCUGUCCACCCUCCCCCAGCCACCGCCUCCCUGGCCUCUUCUCCUCUGCAUUGCACUGUUCUGUUGUCCUUUAGGGUGGCUCUUCUGUCCAGUCUGUGUUUUGAGACCAUGGACAAGGAGAGGUACAGGAAUAGAUCUGCAGGGGUCCCUUCAAUGCAUACCCCUUCCUGUGCACCCCUGAUCUCAGCCACAGCCUCAGGGAUGGUCAGGCUCCACUAGUGACACUGCACUGCCACAUGGUGUCUGGCCCAGGCACAGACCACCCUCCUUUGUCUGUCUCCCUGGGGGGCCGUGUGGCUCCUGAACCCCAGGCUGGGCCUCAGGGCCACUGCAGUUUGCUGCUGCAGGAACCUGCAGGGCCAGCCCAGGGGGAUGAGGGAGUCAGGUGCCAGCCCCACCCAAGCAGCUCUAUCACCUUCGCCUGGAGUCAGGCCUGCACUGUAAGUCUGCACAUGUGGGCUUCCUGGGAGCCCCCUCUUUCUCACUGGUGGGUGGUUCCAGUCUCCCUGUUUGAGGAUCCAGGGUGAUCCCACCUGUCUUGAAUGAUGUCAAGGGUCCAACUAGGCCCAACCUGGUAGGCCUAGGCAUACGCUAAAGGGGCCUGCCAGGUACAUGUGCAGUGGACUUCUGGGAGGACUGCCGUUCUCUGUCCACUGCCAGAGCAUCCUGGGUAGGGACCCGCUCACCAGCCGGUAAGGACUGGGAUCCCGAGCUGUGGUGGCCAGCACAGCUUACCGGUUGGGGAGAGCUCAGAGUGGUGACACCAGAGUGAGAACACCAGGUCAGUCCCAAGAAUGGCAAGUUGGCCAAGCCUUGCUUCGCCCCAGAUUGUUACUCGACGCCAGGGCAUGGGCAGUGGCCCCUUUAACCCUGCCCUGCCAGGCAGACUAGAGGCAAGGGAUCUAUGAGGACAAAUUUACCCACCGAAGAGAAACCUAGAAAACUCCAGAGCAGGCAGGAUGGCAAACCCUGCCUGGCUGUAACCACUCCUCCCUUUCCGCUUGGCUUCUCCCAGUGGGAGGUCCUGUUGCAGAGGGUCUGUCUGGUUUCCCCCAGGAGGGGCAGGCAAGGAGCUCCCCAGUGGACCCCCGCUUGUCGCUGCAGAGAAUCUUUUGCACUAAUUCCCGCUCUUCCCUCAAAGCAGCUUUGUUUUGCAUUAAUUGACUGGUUGCUCAGAGCUACCAGAGAGCCCCCUUAGGUGGGUGACAGCAGGGGCGCCAGGCACCAGUGGUGGGAGGGGUGGGCCACCUCAAACGUGGACAAGGACCUUGCCAUGCUGCACACCCAGCUGCCCGUGUCCCGAGUGCCUGUUGAAUUCUUUAUGAGAUGAAAUACCUGCAUUAAACCUAUUUUUUUAAUACGUUGA